ACUACCUCCUGCUCUCUCUUUCUCUCUUUCUUUCUCUCUCCUUUUCUCCCUCUCCCUGAUCCUCUCCCUUUCUUUCUCACUGAAUCAUUUCCAUCAUGAUUCAUGAUAAUAUUCACUCUCUUAAUCUUAAUCAAGAAUAAGAUUCAAUCACAUUUUUUAUUUCAUUUCAUCAAAAUAUUUUAAUCAUCACAAUUAACAAAAUGAUUUUAAUCAACGAUCAUCGUAACAAUCAAAAUACAUUUGGAUAAUCAAAUAAAUCAAAAGAUUUUUAUUAAUAUUUUUUUAUUUAAAUUACUUUUUGUAUCAAUAGUUUUACUCGUUAAUUUGUUUCCAGUUUUGUUAAUUUAAUUUAAAAUUUGAAUCUUUGGAUCUUUGAAAAUGGAUACAAAAUGUUUAUCGUUUAUUAAUGUAACUGUUUUGUUUUGUAUUUUGUCAAUUGGAUUAAUUGUUGAUUGUUUACCACAAUUUAAUCGAUUUCAAUCUCAAUCAUCAUCUCCAUUCAAUCCAUUUAAUCGUCGCUUUGAUCCAUCACCUUCAUCCUCAUCUUCUUUAUCAUCUUCAUCUUCAUCGUCGUCAUUUAAUCUAAACAAUAAUAAUAAUAAUCCAUUUAAUGACAAUUUAAAUCGUUAUUCUUUACCAGAUCCUAAUGAUCCAAUUUCAUCAUCGAUUCGUAGAUUUCCUCAGUAUUUACCUAAUGAUGGAGGAUUAUCUUCAUCUUCUUCUUCAUCAUCUUCCUUUCCAUCAUCAUCUUCAUCAUCCUUUUACUCUCGUCCUCCUCAGGUAAUUUCCGUUUUAAAUAAUCAGAAUCCUCAUCAUUCAUCAUCAAUCACAUGGAAACCACCACAAUCUCUUCAACCUCCAGUCUCAUCUCCUCCUCCACCACCUCAAUCACCACCGAUUCCUGGUGCUGUUCCUGGUAGAUCACCGGCCGAAAUUGCGACAUUGGAAGGAUUAUCAUCUCCCUCUCAUUCUCAUUCUUCUCCGAUUUUAUCAUCAUCAUUCUCAGAUGGAAGAUCCUUUUAUCCUUCUCCUCCUGUUCCUGGUCCAUUCCAACCGACAACUGAUCCUAAAUUCAUUACAAAUCAUCGAGAUAAUUUACCAAUAGUUUCAUCUCCCAAUUCUCCUUCACUUUCUCCCUCUGCUCUUCCACCUCCUUCAUCUGCAUCUUCCUCUUCUCUUCCAUCAUCUCCCUCAACAAAUUCCACUGGUAAAAAAGACGAUGUCGUUAUUUACUAUUAUUAUUAUUACGAUGAUGAUGAUAACAAAACUCGAGUAGCUAAACCAAAUGGAAAUGUAAAUGUAAAUUCAAACUCGAAUCUAAACUCCAAUUUAGAUACAAUUCCAAGUCUCGAAGAUUAUGAUCCAAUUAGCAACAAUAAUAAUCAACCACCAAUCAGAUCAUCUCCUUCAUCUUUUCCACAACCACCACCAACUCGACCAACUACAUCAACGACCACAACAUCAACAACGACCUUUACUCCGACAUUUUCCACAACAAUUAGACCUCCAUCUCGAUCAUUCAAUUCAUUUGACAACAAUAAUAAUUAUUUCAAUUCUCGUCCAUCAUUUAAUCAACCAGAUGAAUCUCAGCCUUUCAUCACUCAACCUGCUUCUCGUUUCCCACAACCACAAUUCCAACCCCAACCUCAACCUCGACCCCAACCACAACCACAGCCACAACCUCAACUUGUACCCCAAUCAAGACCACGAUCAAGAUCACAAUUCCAACCUCCACCUUCACCUCCAUCACCUACUCUUCCACCCUCACCCCCUCCUACUCGACCUUCUUCUCCUCCUCCCACUCCCACUCCACCUUCAUUCUCUUCUUCUUCUUCUUCCUCAUCAUUCAACGAUAAUAAUGAAGGCCCAAUACCAAAUGUAUUCCGUUAUGGAUCUAACAUUGGAUCUCGACCAUCAUUUGAUUCAGUUCGCGUUGGACACAUUCAAGGACUAAAUUCAAGGAACAAUCAAUUCAGGCCUAAUUCAUCUCCCUCUUCUUCUUCUUCCUCCUCGUCAUCUUCUUCUUCUUCUUCUUCUUCUUCUCUUCCUCUCCCUCAUCUUCUCUACCAUUUGGUCCACCAUUCCCAUCAUCAUUCUCGUCCACUAUUAGUCCAGCUUCCGGUUUCUUCUUCUUCUUCUUCUUCUUUCUCAUCGUCAUCUUCAUCGUCCUCUUCGUCCUCAUCUUCUUCGCCUGAUAUUCGUGAUGAGUAUUUAGAGCCUGAAGUUGUUAAUCAUAAUGAAAAUCUAAAUGAUAAUCGUAAUUACAACUCUAACCGUAACCAUAAUCAUAAUCACAAUCACAAUGACAAUCAACCAUCAAAUCAUUUUCAACCAAACGAUUAUCCAUCAGAACCAAUUAGAUCUGAUUAUCCAGAAUCUGAUUUAACUCCAACGACAUUAACUCCAAGCACAACAUCAACCACAACCACAACUACGACCACAACAACAACAACACCUCCACCUCCUCCUCCUACAACAGCAUCAAUACCCAUUGAAGAAUCAACAACAACAACCGAAGCACCAAGAGCUCGUCCAGGUUAUGGUGCUCGUCGUCGAUUUGGUAACACUGCGAAUCGUUUGACUCCAUUGAAUCGUCCAAGAUCAUCACCAAUAUUAGUCCCAUCGUCUACAUCUACUACAACCACUUCGACCACAACCACAACCACAACAACACCUCGACCUCGUCCACGAAACUUUGGCUCAUCUUUACGAAGACCUUACCGACCCAAUCGAAAUGAUAUUAAUAAGAUCACUACUCCGUCUACCGAAACUGAUCCAUCAUCAUCAAUCGGAAAUGGUUCUAAUCCUCCACAACCCCCACAAUCGGCACCAGUAUCUCAACCUUUAGUUCCUGUGUCGGGAGAAGCACCAGUUUCAGUUUCUCCUCCCGUUGUAACUACACAAUCGUCAGUAGUUUCUGUUAGUUCAUCAGCACCUUCGUCUUUCCCUCGUCGAUUUGGUUCAUCUCGAGGUAGAUUUAAUUCAAUUGUUAGGACAACACCAAGAACUACAACUACAUCAACAUCCACAACAACUUCUACAACAACCGCAUCUCCUAUUGGUUCAUCGGGCUCUUCAUCACCAACACCUCGUCCAACAUCAUUACUCCGUCGACCAGGAUCAAGUUUUAGUUCAACUAGAACUCGACCUCGAACUCGUCCUAAUUUCUCACGAUCACGAAAUCGAGUUGAAGAUGAAACCACAACAUCGACAUCGACAACCACCACCACCACAACUUCUACUGCACCUCCUCCUUCAUCACCCCAAGGAUCAUCAUCAUCAUCGGAAUCAUCAACAUCUUCACCAAUAAACUCAUCAUCAGGAAAAGAAAGUGAAUCAAUCAUCUCAUCAGGAGAAAUUGUUAAUGAAUCAACAGGUAGUUCAAUUGUUUCAUCAAAUGAUCAACCUAUUAACGAAUUAGCUCCAUCUUCAUCUUCAUCCUCAUCAUCUUCAUCAUCCUCUCAACCUUCACCUUCACCUCCAUCAUCAACCACAACUCCAGCCCCAUCAACAUCUUCAUCAACAACCGAAUCAACUGCAACAAUUAACAAUAACAAUCGACAACGAGCUCGAAAUCCAUUAUUUAGAAAUCGUCAGAGACCAAAUUUCGGGACUCGUCGUGGUAACAAUUUAAAUACUCCAAAUAAUAACAACAAUUAAUUAAAUUAACAAGAAACAAUAUCAAUAAAAAACUAAUUGUGUUCACAAUAAAUUAAAAAAAAAUCAAUUGAACCCAAAACUAAAUUUUCCUAAAUCACAAUUGUUAACAACUUUUCAUAUAAUCAAUUGUUUUCAGAUUCCACUAAUUGUAAUUCCAAUCGUACUCGAUAAUCACUAUGUUAUCCAUCAUUGAAUUAAUUGUUACAUUCAUCCUCAUUUCUCAAUAAGAUCAAACAUUUGCCAUAAUUUGAUAUGAAAAUUAAACUAAUUGUAACAUAAAA